AUGAGUGGAUCAAAUGAUGGAUCGGCUGGCACAAUUAACAGCCUUCUAAAGUACAGAUUUACAAAAAAGCCUGCUGUCAAAGGCGGCCACUCAGAAUCUCCAGACGAUGACCAACCUAACGGAUUAAUUAAAGAAAACAGUGCCAACUCCAAUGAUAGUCAAGCUACAGUUCUCUACAGCAGCCAGAAGUGCUCCGAAACAAGUCAGCACAGUGUUGAUAGUCAGGCUACAGUAAUCAGUAGCCAGAACACAGUUUCUCCUUCCUUUAGUCAAAAUGCUAAAGCUCCAGCAGACAAGAACAACACUUCCCAAAGACCUGUCACCAGCAGCCCAUCUAGUCCUGUGUUUAAGUCACAUACAAGCCAGAAACAAGAUACAGUGAUCACAGGGAACUCCACCAGUCCUCCUGGGGGACGAGGUAAACCACAGAACGCCAAUGGAGCUAGUAAUUGCAGCACUGCAGGGUUUAACCCAGUUCACAAGUCACAGAAUGAUUCCUCAUCCAGAGCAACAGACGACCAGGUGAAUCAAGAAGAUUUCCAGCGGCUCCGAGAAAUGUUUCCAGGAAGCAGUGAGAACAGGAUCAGAGCUGCCCUGAUAGUCUACCCCAGGGAUUUCCAGAAGGCAGUACAGUUCAUGACCUCGGAACAGUCAAAGCAGGGGGAAAAGCGCCCUGCUCCAAUAAGUGAUUCCGAUGAUGACAUGCCGCAGGUCACCGCCGUCUACAAGAGGAUUAAAACAAUCCCAGAGUCCCCCUCUCCGACCAGAGUGGUUUCCGUUGAUUUUCUCAGCGAGUCCAGAUCGUCAAAAACAAAGACAGCCGAUUCUAACUCAGAUGCCUUCCAGAAAGGUCUGGACUUUUUAAGAGGGUGUUUUCCAGCAAAAUCUGUGGAGGACCUGAAAGCAGCCCUGGCUGCAAAUGACGGAGACACACAGAUGGCUGUUGCCUCUUUGUCAGAGGAGGGUAGCAGUGAUAGUAAGCUAGCGGAGUCUCUAAGUAAGAAGACAGCUGGGCCAAGCUCGGACACGAAACCAGGAAAGUCCAACUCAGCCCUGAAACCCCAAGUUGCUGCAUCCAAAG